UUUUUAAUGUUAGAUUUGAUAUCCAAAUGUCUUGUAUUUGAUUUAUUAAUUUGAUUGAUAACUAUCUCCAACAGUGGUUGCAACAGAGACACUAAUAUGAAAUACAACUUACAGUCAAAUUUGAGUCAUUAUAUACUGAUUGAAGACAAAUCGCGAAACAAAAACGGUAUCAACAGUUUCAUCAAUAAGUUUAUGUCGUUUCUGUCAUUGAAUCAAUCAGAUGUUCUGCCGACUAAAGAGGGAUCACAGAUGAGCGCCGACAGGUGUUCAAUAGAAACAAGUGAAGUACCGGUUGUGUCGUUAUUAAUGAAAGGUGGAUACGAGUGCUCACGAAUCGUAUUGAAUACUAUCAAAGAAGAACUACCUGUUGUUGUCUUACAAGGAACGGGAGGUUUGGCUGAUUUAUUGGCCUUUGGGGACAUCGAGAUUCGCGAUCGAUGUAUGAAUGAAUGGAAUCCAGAAUUUGUCGAAACAUAUCUGAAGCCGAAAUUGACACUAAAGAUAGUCAAGACUUUUGGCAAUUUGCGAAACAAUUCGGUACUAUUGAAGACAUUACCGAAUCGGAUACUCGAAUCGAUUCGUUUAAGUCGACAAAAUGGUCAAAACUAUUUGACAAUUAUUUAAUUUGUUUGAAAAGUAUUCGUGUAAUUUGGAAAUUUUGACCGAAUAUUUGUUGUUAGCGUUGUUUCGGUCGCAAAGAAAAGAAUAUUCUGUCGCCAACUCUACUAUUGAUAGCGGCGGACAUCAGAAGCGCCAAAUGACUCCCGAAGAGUCGUCGGCAUUAAUACACAAAGAUCUUCGACUAUGUAUCGACUGGAACUGUCCGGAAGUGGCCCGAAAUGAAGUGCUUGUCAAAGAUCCGACAUUUUCGUUGAGUACUAACUCUAUUUAUCUGAAGAGUCUGUUCGAAGAGUCGCUGAUCCGAAGUAAUCGCUGGAAAUUUGUUGAUCUGUUUUUGUCGCAGAAAUUCAAAUUACGAUCAUUUGUCAAACCGAAGACAUUUUUGCGAAUGUUUCGUACGCUUCAAACAAAAGACUUCUUCAGCAAUGUCUGUUGGGAAGGAAUUCUUGGCCGAACUGUUGAUCAAAAACAAAACAAAAACUUUAUGAGCCGUGAGUUCAACUAUUUAGUCUAUGUUUGCUGUGGUGUCCGACAGUUUAUAUCACAAGAAGAAUUGGAUCUGUUUGUUACCCAACAAUUUCCGAACACUGAAAGAGAUGGCGAACGCAAAGCCCUGAAGUUACUGGUGUUUUGGGCGGUUAUGGACUUCAGAAAGAUAUUGGUGCGCAUACUGUGGCGAUAUUCCGAUCAUACAAUACAUCUGGAACUGAUUAUAGCCCUCUGUUAUGAACAUUUGUCUUGGUUUGUGGUCGACCAACAACUGUGCGAUCAAUUGAAAGAAGAGUCACAGGUAUUCAUUGGCUACGCUAUCACUGUAUUGGAUGUCGUAUACAAAGAUACCUAAAAAAUCGUACAGUAAAGAUAAUCAGAUAUUGCUUAUGUUUGAUAAGACCUACCAAUUGACUAAUUUAUCGUUUUUUACGAUAUUAUAUUACUUGUGGACAUCACCGAUAACCAAAUUCUGGAACCACCAGUUGUUUUAUACAUUUUAUUUGUCAAUAUUCAGUAUAGCCGUACUGUAUCCCCGUUGCGGCUAAUUCUACAUCGAUCUGGUUGUGGACGUCUGGACGUUCUGUUUAGUUGUCGACAGAUUACGACAGAACUUUAUCAUCUCACGGCUGAACAUCUACUUCUCCAAUAUGUCGUCAAUAAUUCAAGCGAUACUUUAGAUACUAUUUAUCAUAUAUUUUGCAAAUACUCGACUCAUCUUUCUGUAUGAGACGACAUCAACCGAUGACGCCUACAAUCAUAAAGUGGUAAUGUCUUUGGCAUUAAUACACGCCUACUAUCAUCCACAUUGGGACCACUACUCUAUCGAUUAAAGUUAAUGAUUUUUGUCGACUUCUUGAACUUUAUCCGACUGGCUGUACUAGUGAUGAUCAGUUUCGGUGUAGUCAUGCAAUCACUGAUAUUUCCUGAUCUGACUGUCAGUAAUGAGCUCUAUCGGCGCACAUUUCACAGGGCCUUCUUCUCUAUAUUUUUCAUAUUCCUCAACGAACUCGAGGUUGAUCCAGACUGUGAAAGCAAGUAUGUUUGAGAUAACAAUCGUCACCAAACGGACAGUCGCUUUAGUGCCAGUCGAUACAGUAAUGAGGAAUGUCGUGUAACGGGUUUCUGGCCAUAUUUUUUUGAAAUAUUGUAUUUGAUUUUAUUGAAAUCAAUUUUGCUCACAUAUCGACUCUGUGGAAAACACUAAUAUGAGAGACAACGACUCAGUUAACCACAAGAAUAAUACCGAAAUAUUCGUGUGAAAGAAGAAGAGUGACAACAUAUGGCCGUUCCCGCAGUCGAUGAUCAUAAACGAAACAUUCUUCAUAAUAGAUCCAAACAACUUUCACUUUGUAUCGACAAUUAUUGGUGACUGUGAUCUAUUAGACAAAGCUAUUGCCAGAUAUAAGAAACUGUUUUUCAUAGACGACUGUUCACUGGUCGACCCAAACGGAACAGAAAAAUUUUUCGAUGAAAAAUCGGCAAAUAAUUUGACAAAAAAUAUCAAUUUUAAGGGCAUUUUGACAAACAUUACUAUUUUGGUCAGUCAGGAGUGCGAAACUGAACCGGACAUCGAUAUGAUUGAAAACUAUUCAAUAGAUAUCAAUGAUAGGAUGACACUCAUCUACUCGGAGAGUGUUUGGGGUGCCAUACGGGCAUUGGAGACAAUGUCACAAUUGAUUGAAAAUGUCGGAUACAAUCAGUUUAUUGUUAACUAUACAUCGAUUAACGACUUUCCUCGUUUCAAAUAUAGAGGACUACUUAUAGACACUGCUCGACACUAUAUAUCUGUCCAACGAUUAGAGCAAAGUUUAGAUGCAAUGGCUUAUAAUAAAUUGAAUGUCUUUCACUGGCAUAUGACUGAUGACCAGUCAAUUCCGUACGUCAGUCAAGUCUAUCCUAAAUUAAGUCUCAAAGGGGCCUAUAAUUCAAAGACACACAUCUAUACCAUUGAAGAUAUCAAUCGUGUCAUUAAUUAUGCAAAAGAGAGAGGAAUAAGAGUUGUGAUAGAAUUGGAUACUCCGGGCCAUACUCUGGCCUGGGGUAAGGCAUACCCAGAGUUAAUGACACAAUGCUAUACAAAUGGUAAACCAAAUGGUAAUUAUGGACCAUUAGAUCCAAGCAAACAAUCAACAUAUGACUUCAUUGAAAAACUAUUCAAAGAAAUUCUUGACAUCUUUCCCGACCAAUACAUACAUAUAGGCGGCGAUGAAGUGGAUUAUAACUGUUGGCGAUCUAAUCCUAAUAUCAUUGAUUAUAUGAGAGCCAAAAGUAUUAUUAAAAAGACUGCUGCCAUCAGUAAGAAGUCAGAUAUAGAGUUUGCCAAACUAGAGGAACAUUACAUCAAAAAAGUGAUUGAUAUCGUCAGAUCACUCAACAGAUCAUCCAUUGUCUGGCAGGAGAUAUUCGACAAUAAAGCAAAACUAUUGCCCGACACUAUCAUACAUGUGUGGAAGUACGACAACUGGCAGAGCGAGCUCUUCAAUGUUACCAAAGCUGGUUAUCAGGUUAUACUGUCGUCGUGUUGGUACUUGAAUAGGAUCUCAUACGGAACCGAUUGGCACAAGUAUUAUACGUGCGAACCGUUCAGUUUCAAGGGUACUGAACAACAAAACAAUUUGAUUAUCGGAGGGGAGGCAACCAUUUGGGGUGAAUGGGUAGACGGAUCCAACUUGAUUGGUCGCACGUGGCCCCGUGGACUGGCAGUCGCCGAACGGCUAUGGAGUUCGCGGGAAAUGAAAAACGCGUUUACAGCCAACAGACGAUUCAAUAGACAACACUGUCUUAUGCAAACUCGUGGUCUUCGUGUAGAGCCGUCCAACGGUGUCGGACACUGUCAUUGCGAUCACUUUAUCUGAUGAUUGAAGAUAA